AAAACACGCUAAAGUAGUCAAAAUCAAUGAAUGCAUUAGGUGUUGCUUCUUUAGGCAGUGCUCAUAUUCCUUAACAAUGCAAACAUGAAACAGCAUGAGCAAGAUGCAGAAACUGUAAAACUAGCUUGAAUCAAGCACUGAUGAACAGAUUAAACGUUGAGAACCUCGUGAUACAAACUUUCAAGUAACUCUUAUGAUAUGAAAACGAUCGGCAAAAUGGAUGGCAUUGGCCACUCAGCUCAACCAUUCCAUGUUUUUGGGAGGUAACUCCAAAGCUGUGGAGCCAAACCAACUUGCCUAAUUUAUGAACCAUUGGUACGUGGUAACUCCAAAGUGUACUUACAGUGCCUAAUCAAGUAAGAAAUGACCAUUAAAUUGUUUAUUUAGUUAUUCUAAAUUUGUUUAUUGCUUAAAUUUUUUUGCUCCAAUUUUAUUUACUAACAACCUUCAACUCAUAGGGUAUAGAAAUAAAUUUACCCUAUCUUAUAUCAGUUAUAGGCCCAAAUUCAUGUUAGCGGAUGUCAAUGAGUUUGUUUGGAUAAGAAUUUAUUUGGAUGAUUUAUUUGAUUCAGUUACUGUAGCACUUUUUAUGAUGUGAUGUAUGUGAGAUAAAAAGGUGAUUGGGAAUUGUGUAUAUAGUGCAAGCAAAACAAAAUCUGAAAUUUUGUUUCCAAAACCAAGUUGUCCAAACAAACUCAAUGCUAUUUUAAAAACUUCAGAGGAGGUGGGUGCAACUAUCAGAAACCUCUCUUGAGGUUUCUGCAAUUAUCCCUUAUAUAGUGAUGUGCCAUCUAGUUGUAAUUAAUACACAUCCAAAGAACCUCUCAGUGAAGAAUCAAUUCGGGACUAGUCUCAUCAAACAUUUAACCGCACUCAUGGAGUUGCACGUUAACCAAUUUGUUUGGGGCGUUGCCAUUCUGAUACCCUCCUUACUCCUCCUCCUCCGUCAUAAAAAAUCCAGCCACAAUCGGCUUCCACCUGGACCGCCGGGAUGGCCAAUUUUUGGCAACAUGUUCGACCUUGGUUCUAUGCCGCACAGGACAUUAGCAGGGCUCAAAAACAAGUACGGUCCGGUUGUUUGGCUAAGGAUUGGUGCCAUGAAUACGAUGGCCGUACAAAGUUCCAAGGCAGCGGCCGAGUUGUUCAGGAACCAUGACAUCUCCUUCGUGGAAAGAACAGUAACUGAAAACAUGAAAUCCCAUAACUUCGACAAGAGUUCGUUGUCAUUAGCUCCCUAUGGAAGCUAUUGGCGCGUGUUGAAGCGAAUGAUGACCGUGGAGAUGAUAGUUAACAAAAGAAUCAACGAAACUGUGGCCAUUCGGAGAAAAUGCGUAGAUGAUAUGGUGUCAUGGAUAAAAAAAGAAGCCCAUGCCGGGAAAGAAUCGUGGCGAGGAAUUCAUUUGGCCCAUUUUGUGUUUCUUGCAUCGUUCAACAUGCUUGGGAAUCUCAUGCUGUCGAAAGAUUUGGUUGAGCCGGAAAAGGAAGAAGGAGUAGAAUUUUUCUCGGCCAUGGUGAGAUUGGCGGAGUGGGUGGGUCAUCCAAAUAUCGUUGACUUGUUCCCGUGGCUGAGGUGGCUUGACCCACAAGGGCUAAGGAAAAAAACAGCCGGGGAAAUGUGGAAAACGAUGCAAAUUGUUUCCAGGUUUGUCAAGGAGCGACUUCAAGAACGUCAAAGGGGUGGUCCCAGAAAGAAUGACUUCUUGGAAGUGCUGCUGGAAUUUGAGGGCAACGGCAAGGGCGAGCAAGCUAAAAUCUCUGACCACGAUCUCAAUAUUUUAAUCAUGGAAACAUUCAUAGCUGGUACAGAAACAACAAGCGGCACAAUGGAAUGGGCCAUGGUUGAGCUCUUGAGCAAUCCCUCGGUCAUGUCUACGCUCAAAGACGAGCUUAACGAGGUUGUUGGAGGAGGUAACAAAUUCCAAGAGGCCGACAUUGAUAAACUCAAGUAUUUGCAGGCGGUGGUGAACGAAACCCUUCGGUUGCAUCCUCCAAUUCCGCUCUUGGUCCCUCGAAAAGCAACUCAGGACACCAAUUUCAUGGGGUACAACGUACCCAAAGGCACCCAACUGUUUGUCAAUGUUUGGGCAAUCGGAAGAGAUCCCGAGUGCUGGGAAAACGCAGACACUUUCAGGCCUGAAAGGUUUCUGAACUCAAAUAUUGACUUCAAAGGGAACCAUUUCGAGUUGAUACCGUUUGGUGCGGGCCGAAGGAUGUGUGCUGGCGUUCCGCUAGCUCAUCGCAUGCUCCACCUCGUUCUGGGCUCUUUGGUGCACGAAUUUGACUGGGAUGUUCACAAUAGCGUCGCUGAUGACCUUAGGGACACAAAAGAGAGCAUGGGGGUCGUGGUUAAAAAGACUCGGCCGUUGAUCGCAAUACCUAUAUCCAAAAACAGUCCUACUAGUUAAAUAUCAUCGAAUCGAGCUUACUUCGUUCUUAACAACGUUUGAAAUGGCUAUUUCCGGACCAAAUUGAGUUCUUGGUCCAUUUGGUUAAUUGAAUGUGAAAUAUUUGCUUUUAUGCAAAAUAUGUAUUCGUAAUAAAAAGGGAGUCAACUCGAUUUCCGGAUCAAUAUAUUGAUGUUUGGACUGUGACAUGGAAAUUAAUUAUCUUUGCAAUC